AUGGUUUCGAUCUUAAUGCUGCAGGUCGUGCAGUCGCCGCUACAUAAUAUUUUUCUUAUGGGAAGUAUCCGAUCAGUCGUGGCUUGUUUAUCGCUAGCUGCUAUAGCGAGGAAAAUGACCGCCGCGGCGGGGCUGUGCGGGCCCGGGACAUCCGCUGCUGCGCCCGGGCUGCUCCGCCUGACUUCAGUCCCCGGCUACGAUCAAAACCGCGUAAAUGAUGUUCUGCUCCUAAGACCUGCUACGGAAACGCAGAGACGCUGCGACAAUGAAACAGAGAACCUGCAGAAAGGAAAUGAGCACGUAGUCUUCUUUCCUGGAGACAUUCAGAACUUUCAGCAGGAAAUGGCCCUUCAGCCUGACGCUGCCCCGUGGCAGUCCUGGAGUCUGGAGCGUGUCGCCCUCACCCUGGGCCAGCGUUUUCCUGGCUGCCAUAUCUGGAUCAUCCGCGCAUCCCUAAUGUACCUACACAAGUUCAGCUGCUAUCAGAACUUUGUAGAGAGCAACCUAUUUGGAGCCCCAGAACACUCUCCAGACUACGGAGCCGUUCGCCACCUGAGGGCACUCCUGGGUCACAGCAUGCAGCGGGCUGGCCUCCCAAACCCUUUACCCCUUCUCAGCGGUACAUCCACCCCUGGCCCCCUGCCCGCAGGUUUCAGCCUGACCAUAGUGGGCUUCAGUAAAGGAUGUGUUGUUCUUAAUCAGAUAGUGUACGAGCUGGCCGGAGCUCGAGCAGAUCCGGAACUGAGGUUGUUUCUGGACAGCGUUUCAGAUAUGUACUGGCUGGAUGGAGGACACCCUGGUGGCAGUGAGACGUGGGUGACCGAUAAGUGUGCUCUGGGUGAGCUAGCCUCCAGUGGGGUGGCCAUCCACGCCCACGUCACUCCAUAUGAGGUAUGCGACCCGAUGAGGGCGUGGGUUGGACGAGAGCACCGCCAGUUUAUUAAGACUCUGGAGGAUCUGGGCGCUUGCCUAAGCCAGAAACUGCACUUUGAGGAUGAGCCGGCAUCCAUUGAGAAUCACUUCAGGGUCAUUCAGGACUUCUGACUGUUAUCGAUCUGUCCUGACACAAGUCUUAACUUGGAAUGUAUUCUUUGCAGAGCAAAUAGCUUUGUAUUGCACUGAUAUGUCAGUUAGUCAAUAGCUUUGGGUUUCCAGGCUUUGUAUGCUGCCUACAAAACACUCAAAAUACAAGAAGAUUGAAGCUUAAUGACCAACUGCCUGACAUUAAGCCUUAUUGUUUGCCUGUUGCAUCUGCCUACAUCAGCUCUGAGUAGAUUUCUUUUGCGUAGUCUGUUGGGAAUGCAGAUAUGCUUUGUGAAAUCAUCUCUUCCCUUAUAAUCAAAGGGCUCUCGUGUCCCACAAUAUAAAAAAGAAAUCUGAAAGUGCUUAUUAAUACAUUUAAUUAGUUUUUAUGUUGGUAAAUUAAUAAGCAUGGAUUUAAUUUCAAGUAUGCGUAUCCCUUAUGUAAGGAUGCUCUUGAAAAAACUUUCCUUUAGCAGUUUUGCUAAAGCUUACAGUCUUAAAUCAGCAGAUUCUUUCCAUAUAUAUUCCAUAUAUAUAUGGAAUAUAUGUUUGCGUUCGUGUUCAAUAUUUAUUAUUUAGUAUUUCUUUUAUUUCAUCAGAUAAAAAAAUCCAAGGAUCUUCCAUUGGAAUCAGAUGUAUAGAAUAUAUUUUUGGUUAGAUGGAAAAAAAAACUAAUUUAAAAAUAGUUUAUUUUAUUUACUGACUCGUAGUGACAUGUUUUAUUGACUGCGCAAUGGUUAGUAUGUAAAAACGAUUCCAGUAUUGCAUUUCAGAAAACUCUAGGUGGCGCACUUUAUUUGGCUUGUUCUCUUGAAUACGUUGUAUCACAUACAAAUGAACGUGGAUUUUGCAAUAUCCUCAAUGUAAUGCGAUGAAUGUACUUCCUGCUUCAUAGUCAUUCCAAGCUGAUGUAAUUCAAUAAAAAUGUUGAAAUGUU